AUGGUAAGUUCAGGAGUGGCACAAAAUUUGGUUAAAGAAUUAUAUGCAGCUUUAUCUGAUUUAAUAAUUCAAAAUGCACGAUACGAUUUAACAGAAGAAAAUUUGCAAGAAUUUUGUUCCGAAACAUUAAAGUUAAAUACGAGUUAUGGUCAGAUUAUUACUAAGUUUUGUUAUGAAUCUAAAUCGGCGGUCCAAAAGAAGCUAUCCACUAUUACAAUAUUAUCUGAACCUAUGUUAAAAGGUCUUAAUUGGAAAUUAGAUUGUAUUGUAAAGACGUCAGAAGCUGCUUCAGUCGAUACAGAUGCUAUUUAUCGAAUACGUCUUGUAGCUUUAAAAUAUAAUCCAGAAACAAAUGAAAAUGAACCAACGUAUAUAUCGUUCAGUUGUGAUGUUUUAGAGUUAACUGAUUUAGUUUCUAAACUAAAAGAUAUUUGCCAUCAUGUUGAAAAACUAACAGAAAAUACUCAGUAA